AUCCGUACGCCAACAGUGACUGCAUCGAGAAUCGCUCACGCUCCUCGAUAUUGGUGUUUUUUUUUUUGACAAACGCCAUUUAGCUGCCAGCCCAUUUGAAGCGGCGUUUUGGCAACUGCCACGCCACGCCCACAGCAUCGGCCGGCAUCAGUGAGAGCGUGUCUUAUUUGGCCAAUUGAAGGAUCACCGGUUGCACCAUAAACAGCAUCAACGUGGCGCUGCACUCAACGGAAGCCUUGAUGGCGGCGGGCUUUCUCAAGUCGGGAGAUUUGGGCCCGCAUCCGCACAGCUAUGGCGGCCCACAUCCGCACCACUCGGUGCCGCACGGACCGCUGCCGCCGGGCAUGCCAAUGCCAUCUUUGGGUCCCUUCGGCCUGCCACACGGACUGGAGGCUGUUGGGUUCUCCCAAGGUAUGUGGGGCGUCAACACGAGAAAACAGCGUCGCGAGCGAACAACAUUCACACGGGCCCAGCUCGACGUUUUGGAGGCGCUCUUCGGCAAGACACGCUACCCGGAUAUAUUCAUGCGCGAGGAGGUUGCGCUCAAGAUCAAUUUGCCCGAAUCCAGAGUACAGGUGUGGUUCAAGAAUCGACGGGCCAAGUGUCGCCAGCAGCUGCAGCAGCAGCAGCAGUCAAACAGUUUGAGCAGCUCCAAGAAUGGCAGCGGCAGUGGCAGCUGCAGCAGCUCGGGCAAUGGUGGCCGCAACAACAACAAUAACAACAGCAGCAGCAACAACAACAGCUCCAGCAGCAACAACAACAACAACAGCAACAACAGCGGCAACAAAUCGAACCAGAAACAGAGCGGAUCGGGCCAGAGCAGCUCGAGCAAUGCCAGCGGCAAUGCGAGCAGCUCGGCGGCGGCCGCUGUCAGCGCUGCGGCUGUUGCGGCGGCGCAGUCCAUCAAGUCACAUCACAGUUCCUUCCUCAAUGCGGGCGCCGGCGGUGCCAACAACAACAACAAUAACAACAACAACAACGGCGGCGGCUCAACGCCCAGCAGCAGCAGCGGCAGCCACGGCGGCGGCGGCGGCGGUGGCGGCGGUGCAAGCAACUCGCAUGUGCACCUCUCAGCAGCGGCCGCGGCAGCGGCACUCAAUGUGACCGCAGCGCAUCAGAACUCCUCGCCGCUGCUGCCCACGCCGGCCACGUCGGUCAGCCCGGUGAGCAUUGUGUGCAAGAAGGAGCAUCUGGGCGGCGGCUAUGGCAGCGGCGGCGUCGGCGGCAAUGGCUCCGGCGUCGGUGUCGGCGGCGUCGGUGUGGGCGUGGGCGUGGGCGUCGGCGUGUCAGGGGACGCGCUGCGCUCGCCGUACGACACGCUGAAGGAUGCGGGCGGCGAUAUCGGCGCGGGUGCCCACCAUCAUCAUAGCAUCUAUGGCACGGCGGCGGCCAGCAAUCCGCGGCUGCUGCAGCCGGGCGGCAACAUCACGCCGAUGGACAGCAGCAGCAGCAUCACAACGCCCUCUCCGCCCAUAACGCCCAUGUCGCCACAGUCGGCGGCGGCGGCAGCGCACGCGGCCCAGUCCGCGCAGUCGGCAUCGGCCCACCACUCGGCCCACUCGGCGUACAUGUCGAACCACGACUCGUACAACUUCUGGCACAACCAGUACCAGCAAUAUCCGAACAACUAUGCCCAAGCGCCCAGCUACUACUCGCAGAUGGAGUACUUCAGCAAUCAGAACCAGGUCAACUACAACAUGGGCCACUCGGGCUACACCGCCUCGAACUUUGGCCUGUCGCCGUCGCCGUCGUUCACCGGCACCGUCUCGGCGCAGGCCUUCUCACAGAACAGCCUCGACUACAUGUCGCCGCAGGAUAAGUAUGCGAACAUGGUGUAGAAUCUGCUGUUCCAGUACUGCAGCAGCUCCGGCGGCAGCGGCGGGAGCAG